AUGCCCCAGUGGAGCGACCCGUUCGUGGCGGCCAACGUCGUCGUCGCCGUCGUCGUUGUCUACUGCAGCGUCAUGAGCCCAUGGAAGUACACGCGCGUGUCUGGCCCAUGCUCGUCCAACUGGCUCGACGUCCGCGACCCUGAUAGCAAGGCCGUGUGCUGCAACGACUCGAGCACCGCGCCAUGCUACGUCGGCAUGACCGAGCUGCACGAGCUCACGCAUGGGCAGGGUGCAUGGAUCCUCCCGCUCGUCGCAGCCCUCGUCAACUUUGGCUUGACCAUGUUCCUGCCCAACGUCACGUCGCGCCACAUGUCGGCCAUCUACAACCGCUUGGGGUUGUACUUUGCGCUCAUGAUCUACCGCACGAUUGUUCUCUAUGGCGCCCUGAACCUCGUCGAGAAGGCGCUCUUCCCGCCCGCGACUUCGUGCUGGUACGCGCCGCUGCGCCGCAACAAGCGCUGCAUCGACAGCUUUGACCACGCGGACCACAUUGUGCUCUACAUGACGCACUUUAUCGCGACGUCGUGCUUUGAGUGGAAGGUGCUGCAGCGCGACCGCGUCGUGAGCGUGUUCAAGCGACACGUGCUCUCGCUCUGGCUGCUCUUUGUGCUCGGACUCUCGGUGUACGCCAUCUUUCACACCGCGUACUCGUUCCAUAGCUGCUGGGAAAACAUUGUCGGCAUGCUCAUCGCCCAAAUAUGUGUCAUGCUGCCCCUCUACCUCCUCUCGGAAGACUACUUUGGCGCCCUGCGCUUUGGCGCCUUCCUCACCAAAGACCGUCUCUUGACCAAGUAGCUCGAGGACGUCGCAGCUGUCUUCUUGC